AUGCUUGGGAGUCCCUCAAAUAACGGCGGAAUCAGAAUGCUGGCUCCCCCUGCGCCGAAUGACGACAGGCGGGUUGAGUUUGUCGCUCUCACGGCCGUUCAUACGGAGAGAAGCGAACCAUCCACUCCGGAGCGGGGACACCUCUCUCAUCGUACCGGGCUUCUUGGUACACCGCUGCCAGUGCCUCCUGGACCACGAGCGAAGGCUUCGGCAUCAAGCAAGCGCUACAGAAAGUUUCAAAAUUUUCUGUACAACGUCCUCGAAAGGCCACGAGGAUGGGCAUUCAUUUACCAUGCAUUCAUUUUUUUGCUGGUGUUCAGCUGUCUAGUGCUCUCUGUGUUCUCCACCAUCCCCGACCAUCAGAAAAUCGCCAACGAAGGUCUUUUCAUCCUGGAGUUUGUGAUGAUUGUGGUGUUUGGGCUGGAGUACUUUGUGAGAGUCUGGGCUGCUGGCUGCUGCUGCCGUUACAGAGGAUGGCAGGGACGUCUGAGGUUUGCCAGGAAGCCCUUCUGCGUCAUAGACUUCAUCGUGUUUGUAGCAUCAGUGGCAGUCAUAGCAGCUGGUACACAGGGCAACAUCUUUGCCACGUCUGCCUUGAGAAGCAUGAGGUUCCUACAGAUCCUACGCAUGGUCCGUAUGGACCGCCGGGGAGGGACCUGGAAACUCCUGGGUUCAGUGGUGUAUGCUCACAGCAAGGAGCUUAUCACGGCCUGGUACAUUGGCUUUCUCGUGCUGAUCUUUGCCUCAUUCCUUGUCUACUUGGCUGAGAAGGACAUCAACACAGAGUUCUCCACCUAUGCAGACUCCCUCUGGUGGGGAACAAUAACCCUCACGACCAUCGGCUACGGCGACAAAACUCCGCGCACCUGGCUGGGGCGGCUCCUAGCCGCUGGUUUCGCUCUUUUGGGCGUGUCCUUCUUUGCCCUUCCUGCUGGGAUCCUGGGCUCGGGCUUUGCCUUAAAAGUGCAGGAGCAGCACAGACAGAAACAUUUUGAGAAGAGAAGGACUCCCGCCGCUAACCUCAUACAGGCUGCAUGGCGUCUCUACUCUACAGAUGCUCAGCACUCUUAUCUCACAGCCACCUGGUACUUCUACGACAGUAUGUUACCCUCUUUCAGAGAACUGACGCUACUGUUCAGUCACCUUCAACAACGUAGGACCAAGAAGGUUCUUCAAAACUCCCACCAAACCUUAUUGUCCGGGCUCCGGCCCUACUACUGCCCCUACCUGUCAGGAGACAGUCAGCUCGUAUCUAAAAAACGGGGUUUUUUCCGGAGUCACGCUGGCCGCAAGCAGAGUGGGAAGAUGGGAUUUCGCGACCGGAUUCGGAUGAACAAUUCCCGCUCUUCCCAGGCCAUCCGAAACAAGGCUUCGCCUUUGCCCCCGGGCAGUGUCCGCCGCUCUCCCAGCACUGAAAAUGUCCCUGAGGCGACCAGCCCUGGAAAAGUCCAGAAAAGCUGGAGCUUUAAUGACCGCACACGAUUUCGCACUUCCCUCCGACUCAAACCGCGGCCAGCUGCAGAUGUAGAGGGAGUAGGGGAGGAAACUCCAGAGGACAAGUCUUACUGUGAUGUUGCCAUGGAGGACGUAAUACCGGCCGUGAAGACCCUGAUUCGCGCAGUCAGGAUCCUCAAAUUCCUGGUGGCUAAGCGGAAGUUCAAAGAGACCCUGCGGCCUUACGAUGUGAAGGAUGUGAUAGAACAGUACUCUGCCGGACACCUGGACAUGCUGGGCAGGAUUAAGAGUCUACAGUCCAGGGUAGACCAGAUUGUGGGCCGCGGUGCCAUUCAGCCAGACAGGAAGGUGAGAAGUGAGAAAGGUGAGAAGACUCCACCAGAACUGGAUCCUAUGGAUGAGCUCAGCAUGAUGGGACGUGUAGUCAAGGUGGAGAAGCAGGUCCAGUCUAUUGAGAACAAACUGGACAACCUCCUGAACUUUUACUCUCACUGUCUGAAGAAGGGCUCGUCCCACUUCACCCUGUCGUCCCUGCUGGAGCCUGACCUCACCUCUGACUACCACAGUCCCACCGACCACCGCGAUCUCUUCCCCUCCGCCAACACCUUAAACAUCUCCCAGUCAGACAGCGGCAACAUGGACUGA